AUGGCGAAGGGCGUCGGCGGCGGGGAGCCCAUACCGCUGUCGCGGUUCGGCGCGCUGGUGGCCCAGCUGGAGUCCGUGGUGGCAUCGGCCCGGCAGAAGACCCCCGACGCGCUGCUCUGCUUCGACCUCCUCUCCGAGCUCUCCUCCGCCAUCGAGGAGGCCCCCAAGGAGACCAUACAACUUUGGCAAAGGAAAUGUGAGGAUGCUCUCCAAUCCUUGCUCGUCCUUGGGGCUCGGCGCCCAGUUCGGCGCUUGGCGUCAUCAGCGAUGGGCCGGAUUAUUGAGAAAGGCGAUGUGAUAUCUGUAUACUCAAGGGCAAGUAACUUGCAGGGGUGGUUGGUCGAUGUGAAAAGGGCGGAGGCCAUUGCAUGUGCAGGUGCGGCACAAUGUCUGGGGGAAAUUUACCGUUUAUUUGGACGCAAGAUUACUGCCGGGCUGAUUGAGACAUCAAGCAUUGUAGCUAAACUCAUGAAGUAUCAUGAGGACUUUGUGAGACAAGAUGCUCUUCUCUUGCUUGAGAAUGCAUUGGAAGGCUCUGGUGGUGGUGUUGCUGCUGCAGCUUAUCAGGAGGCUUUCCGUAUCAUCAUGCGAGGAGGUGUAAGUGAUAAAUCAUUCAUUGUCAGAGUAGCGGCAGCACGGUGCUUGAAGGCAUUUGCUAAUAUUGGUGGGCCUGCGUUGGGGAUGGCUGAAUUCGAUUCUUCCAUGUCUUAUUGUGUGAAGGGUUUGGAAGAUAGUGUAUCUUCAGUUAGAGAUUCAUUUGCCGAAGCACUUGGUGCCAUACUUGCUCUUUCAGUGAACCCAGAUGCCCAGGUGAAGAAAGGCGGGAAAAAACAAACUGCUUCUGCAAAGAAAAUUGAAGAUGGUGUACAGAAGCAUUUGAUUGUGCCAUUUGUCAAAGCAAAUGGAGCUAAUGCAAAGAAACUCCGGAUUGGUUUGGCUUUAUCAUGGGUGUUCUUUCUGCAUAUGAUUCAUAUGAAGUAUGGCACCCCAGAUAGCGAACUUCAAAACUAUGCCAUACAAGCAAUGGAAAUUCUCCAAGGGAAUGAUUCCCCUGAUCCACAUGCACUGGCAUGUGUUCUGUAUGUUCUUCGAGUUGGUGUCGCGGAUCAGAUGACUGAGCCGACGCAACGUGAAUUUUUGGUAUUUCUGGGAAGAAAGCUGGAGUCUUCGAACUACACAGCUCCAAUGAGAGUGGCAACACUACGCAUUUUGUCUUACCUGUUGAGAAGCGUGGGUGAGGUUCCAGCUGAAUUCAAGGAUGUACUUGAUAACACAGUUGUUGCAGCAUUAUCUCAUUCUUCUGCUCAUGUCCGUGUGGAGGCAGCUUUAACAUUGCGUGCUUUAGCAGAGGUUGAUCCUACUUGUGUAGGUGGUUUAGUUUCAUAUGGUCUUACAACAUUGCAAGCUCUUAGAGAGACUGUAUCAUUUGAUAAGGGCAAAAGUUUGAACCUUGAGCUCGAAUCACUACAUGGACAGGCCACUGUGUUAGCUGCUCUUGUUGCAAUAUCGCCAAAGUUGCUUCUUGGUUAUCCUGCGAGGUUGCCCAAGUCUGUACUUGAAUUAUCCAAAAAAAUGCUGAAUGGUUUCAGUCGAAAUCCAGUGGCUGCUAUUGCAGAGCGUGAAACCGGUUGGUUGCUAUUAGCUUCUCUUCUAGCAUCCAUGCCAAAAGAGGAGCUGGAAGACCAGGUGUUUGAUGUUCUUUUGCUAUGGGCUGGUCCUUUUACUGGAAAUCCUGAAUCUUACCUUCGUCAUAUACAGGAUUGGGCAUCAGAAUUGCGGGUUCUGUCAGUUGCAAUUGAGGCGCUUACUGCCUUCAUAAGAAGUUUUGUUUAUCCAAUUAUCACAACUGCUGAUGGUGGAAUCUUGCUUAAUCCUGUACUGGCCUACCUCGGCGGAGCUCUAUCCCUCAUAUCUUCGUUGAGAUCUAAACAAGUGCCCAAUGUAAGGUCUGCGCUGGACCUACUCACAACUAGAACAUUGAUGGCAUAUCGGUCCCUUUCGAAUCCAGUGGUAUAUAAAACCGAGCACCAGCAGAUGCUUCAGCUAUGCUCAAGUCCAUUCAGUGAUCCUUCUGGAUGGGAAGAAAGCUCAUGCUUGAAGUUUUUGUUGGAUAAGAGAGAUGCUUCGCUGGGUCCAUGGAUACCUGGAAGGGAUUCAUUUGAGGAUGAAUUACGUGCUUUUGAUGGUGGUGCUGAUGGGUUUCUACCGUGUGUGUGGGAUGAUGAAAUCAGCAACUUCCCUCAGCCAGAGUCAAUUCGCAAAAUGCUUGUCAACCAGAUGCUUCUCUGUUAUGGUUCCAUAUUUGCAUGUCAGGAAAACACUGUCAAGAUAAGCCUCUUGAACAAUCUUGACCAGUGCCUGAAGUCUGGGAAGAAGUACCUGUGGUUUAAGUUUCUCGUUACAAAUGCAUGUGUUGCUCUAUUGUCAGGGUUAAAGGAAUUCAUCACUUUACGUGGUGCUCAAUCAUUGCCAAUUGAUAUAUUAAGUAUGAUCCAGUCCAUAUUCAAGGCCAUUUUAGUAGAGCCUGAAAUUUCUACAGCACAGCGGCGAGCAGCAUGCGAGGGUCUCGGUUUAUUAGCACGAGUUGGGAAUGAUAUCUUUACAGCAAGGAUGGCUCGCUCUCUUCUUGGAGAGCUGGUAACAGCAACAGAUCUGGGCUAUACAACUUCGGUUGCAUUUUCACUGGGUUGCAUCCAUCGAAGUGCUGGAGGAAUGGCAUUAUCUACUCUGGUUACCCCAACUGUGAGCUCACUAUCUCAUUUGAGUAAAAGCUCUAAUUUCAAUCUGCAGUUGUGGUCACUGCAUGCUCUUCUUUUAACCAUUGAAGCUGCUGGCUUGUCUUAUGUCUCCCAAGUUCAGGGGACACUUUUCCUUGCUAUGGAGAUUCUCCUCUUGGAAGAAAAUGGAUAUGUGGAUCUUCGACAGGGAAUUGGUCAUCUUAUCAAUGCAAUAGUUGCUGUUCUUGGUCCAGAGCUUGCUCCUGGUAGUACAUUCUUUUCGCGUUGCAAGUCUGUCAUUGCAGAGAUAAGUUCCUCAAAUGAAAUGGCUACGCUUUUAGAAUCGGUUAGAUUUGCCCAGCAGCUUGUUCUUUUUGCUCCUCAAGCUGUUCCUGUGCACUUGCAUGUUCAAGGUCUUAUCCCAACGCUUUACUCAAGACAGCCAAGUCUUAGGUAUUUAGCAGUGUCGACACUGCGUGAUCUGAUUGAAAGGGAUCCGGCUGCAAUGAUUGACGAGAAUAAUGAAGAGAAUCUGUUCAGUAUGCUUGAUGAGGAGACAGAUUCUGAAAUAGCGAUGUUGGUUCGUGCAACUAUUAUUCGCUUAUUGUAUACAUCAUGUCCACUACAUCCAUCACGGUGGCUGGCAGUUUUACGAAAUAUUGUUCUUGCUACGUCAAUUAGAAGAAACACAGGUGAAGUUCUGUCAAGUUUUGGACAUAAUCCCCCUGAUAGCACAUCUGAGAAUGAUGUGUACUAUGGAGAAGAUGAAGACAACAUGAUUUCCAGCUCAAAGCAGGAGCAAGUCCACUGGGCUGGUUCUAUAUCCAGCCAGUUUCCUCCAAGGAAUAAGCACCUCAGAUAUCGUACCAGGGUUUUCGCUGCAGAAUGUGUUAGCCAUGUACCAAUUGCAGUUGGAGCAGAACCUGCUCAUUUUGACCUCUUGUUGGCAAGGAGCGCAAUAUCUGAAGGGACUUAUCUGUCAAAUGAUUGGCUAGUGCUUAAGCUACAGGAACUGGUCUCACUUUCAUAUCAGAUAAGUACUGGGCAAUUUGAAGGAAUGCAACCAAUAGGCGUGAAGCUUUUGUGUUUGAUAAUGGACAAGUUUGGCAAGGCAGUAGAUCCUGAAUUUCCUGGCCAUAUCUUGUUGGAACAAUUUCAGGCCCAACUUGUUUCUGCUGUUAGAAUGGCUAUAAGCACUGCUUCUGGCCCACUUCUUUUGGAUGCUGGACUUGAACUCGCUACAAGGGUUAUGACGAGCAGCAUAAUUGGUGGGGAUAGAGUAGCUCUUAGUCGUUUGUUUUCUCUGAUAACACGCCCAUUAAGUGACAUAGAGGGCCUAUUUUAUCCAUCUUUUGCUGACUGGGUAGUGUGCAAGAUAAAGGUUCGCCUUCUAACUGCCCAUGCAGCAGUCAAGUGUAACACCUAUCAAUUCUUGAGGAUGAAGGAAAAUGCUCCCAAUGAAUACCAGCAAUUGGUACCUUCACUUGUAAACAGCUCAACUCUAUUAGGAAAAUACUGGAUUCGAGCACUGAAGGAUUAUGUUUCUAUAAGUUUUGGUUUGCACUCAAAAAUCAAUUACAAGCCAUUCCUUGAUGGGAUUCAGUCAUUAUUAAUCUCGUCCAAGGUGCAGAGGUAUCUUGAUGAAGUUUGGUUAUUAAUUCUUCAAGCAACAGCUCUUGAUUCUGCGCCUGUGGAAUUUGACGAGAAUAAGCCCGAAAAUUUACUUGAACAAACAUUUAUAUCUGGGCAUUGUAUGGUCAAAUUGGACAGAAGUGAAUUCCAAUUUCUUUGGGGGUUAUCUAUCCUUGAGCUGUUUCAUUCAUGCCAAUCAGUGAAGAAUAAUUCUUUGAAGAUCAACCUUGAAUCUAGACAAGACAAAAUGUUUGGGGAAUUUAUUGUUCACAGACUAGAUAAUAAAAAACCUUGUGAUCAGGUCUUACCCGUGCUGUUGUCCCUCACAACAGAAGUCUUUUUCAGCAAUAAUUUCCUUUCAGUGGAUAUUUGCCAGGAACUCCUCCAGGCACUUACAUAUGCUGAUUGUUCAAGUGCUCCUAUCAUCCUCCUAUUCACCCAGAUUAUCAGAUUCUGCCCUGACAAUUUUUUUGAGGUUGAAGCCUUUGUCUCCUCUGCAUUAGAGUUAUUGUCUCGGUAUCUUGGUGUGAUACUUCAAUGUAGGGGUGGGAGUUCUCAGAAUCAUUCAAGUAACACUUUGAUUUCUGAGUUGUCUAUUGCAAGUGAGACGAUGGCUUGUCGGAUCAAAGGAGAGUAUUUGUGGAAGCUGAUGAUAUUAGUGGUAUCCACUUCACACCAAUCAUUUCAACAAGUGUCAACUAAUUUAUGCUUGUCAAAUAUUAUAUCCUUCCUCCAAAAUAUCUUGCCUUUCAUGAGGAAAUGUUUUAGAGAAAGAGCUGAAUCAGAUGGUGAGUGCACGAGUCCUAAAGAUGUCUUCGGUGCUUUGGUUGGCCUAGUGGGAUACUUCUAUAUAGAGUGUGAUAAGAAGAUCUCAUUGCUCGAAAACAAGAUUUCUGAUUCCUACAAGCUGUUGACAAAGAUACUACUUUUUUGCUUGGGAGAAGCCACUGCUCUUGCAAAACUUGUUCCUGAGAUCGUUUAUCAAAGUGAAAAUGUAAGUAACAAUGAUGUGCUCCUUUGGGGCAGCUUCAGGCUGUGCGUACAGGUUAUUCAGGGUUCACUUCGUAGUACCAACAUACAGAUGCACAUGCUGGGUCUGCAUGUACUGAGAAGCUAUGCACAGAAGGAGCUAACUGAAGGUUCAGAAACAAAGAUGGAUUCUUUUAUGAUGUUGCUUAUGGAAUUGCUGGGAGACUUGUUUUUGGUGAUGCAGACUACACUGAAGGAAUGUUCAAACAAAGAAUCUGUCAGUGUCAUUGAUGAAUGUUUGAAACUUCUUUUCCUCUUCCACACACUAGCACAAUCAAAGAGAUACCAACAAGAUGCUACAACUCUUCUGCUGGAGGCCUUGCUGAUGAUUUUCAAUCUGUCCAGUGAUACUGUUUCACAGGAGCUUGCUGAAGUGAACACCAUUUCCAGAAAGUUGUUCUCUCAUUUUAUUCAGAUUCCGUCUGUGGCUAUACAGAUCAAAGAUAUAAUGCUUUCUGCACCACCUGAAAGGAGACUACAGCUUCAGGACAUGGUCCGGGCUUCAGUCAGUCAAGGCCAGAUAACGGUGCCAGCGGCUAUGAGUGCACACUCAGAACAGAAUAUCCAGGAUAGUAGCAGUAAAAACCCUGGGUCCACUGCUGAAGGUUCUGAUUGUGUUGCAACUCACGGGAAGAAUGAAAAUGAAGUAGAUGAUGACUGGGAUGACGACUGGGACGCUUUCCAAUCUCUUCCUGCAAGUGCAAAUGAUGGUGUUGAUUCUGGAGAAAUCUCUAGUAGUGUGGAUAUUACAGCUGGUGCUAUGGAAGACAUAACCUGUGUAGACAAGGAACUUGAGGAGCCCUCUGAUUUGCAAUUCUCUAGUACUGAACAACAGGCCAAACAUGAAUUACCAGGGUCAUCCCACGAAGAUUGUGAUGAACUCGAAAGACAUCCAUCUGUUGAUUGCAAAGAGCAAUUAGCUCAUAAUGAGACAGCCGAUGAACUGCCGCUUGUUCAUGAAGACAUUGAUCAAGUAAUUGAAGAUACCAAAGUUGUCUCUGCAGAAAUUCAUGGGAUUGAAGUGGAUGUCCAUGAUGACAUUGUUGAAGAUGAUUCCCCAAUAAAUUCAAACAAUCUGUCAGAUAUCACAGAGGAUGAGUCCAAGGGUUUGGACAAUGCAUCGAGGGUUGACGGCAAGUUUGUCACGGAUGACAGUAGAGAAGAGCUGUCAGGUUCCUCUGAUGCUGACACACCAGAUUUUAGUAAGUCAGGAAAUGUGAUGAGCGAGAGCGGAGGAAAUGACCAACUUAGGGGCUGA